UGUACAAACAAAAAGCACCACUCAGUUGCUCCGCGAACUCGCCACGGUUUCUUCUUUAUUGCGCGCAUUCUACAACUCAAGCUCAUGCAUAUAUCUACUCUUACUAUCUUCACUAACAUAAUUCAAACCAUUCUCUUCUUCUUCUUUCCAUCAUUCUAACAUAAAUUAAUACACUUAAUCCUUUUACUUCAAGUUUACCCUUUUUGCUGCAAUUUACAUUAUUUCAAACAACCAUGUCUUCUUCUUCCAAAAGACACCCAACAUACCACGGAAUUCGAAGCCGGGGAGGAAAGUGGGUGACUGAAAUCCGCGAGCCUCGCAAAACCAACCGCAUAUGGCUAGGCACAUUCCCUACUCCUGAAAUGGCAGCCGCAGCAUACGAUGUCGCAGCUUUGGCUCUCAAAGGUCGGGAGGCAGUGCUAAACUUUCCUGACAGGGCUAGCAUGUAUCCCGUACCGGCUUCCAAUUCUUCAGAUGACAUACGCAACGCUGCUACUGCUGCAGCUGAAUUCAUGAACGCUGAAUUCAGCAAUGAUGCUGGUUAUGAAGUUAAUCCUUCGUAUCAAACCGAUCAGUUUCUUGAUGAGGAAGCUAUAUUCUCCAUGCCAAGUUUAAUGGUAGCAAUGGCUGAGGGAAUGAUGCUUUCACCUCCCAGAAUGAAUUCACCUCCCUCUGAUUACUUACAUGAUCAAUAUUACACUAUGGGACAAAGUUUGUGGAACCAUUUUUGAUCUGCCACACUCUCCCUCUCUAUAUAUAAUUUACAUAUGAUAUAACUACUCCUUUUUUUCUUUCCUGAUCCUAUUCAACAAACAAAGUACUUUAAUUACUACUAUCUAUAAUGGAAUAGGAAAAUGUAUCUAGCGCAUAGCAUGCAUCGCAUGAUCAUGACUAGCUAGAGAGCUUGUGUGUGUUUCGAUGCUUGUGGGAUCAAUUCGUUUUUGAUUGGUUGCAUUCGUAUCAAAAUUUUCUUUUAUGUUUUUAUUAUAUACAUGAGUCAUGAGUUUUUU